AUGGCGCAGUACAAGGGCACGAUGCGGGAGGCCGGCCGGGCCAUGCACCUGAUCAAGAAGCGGGAAAAGCAGAAGGAGCAGAUGGAGGUGCUGAAGCAGCGGAUCGCCGAGGAGACCCUCAUCAAGUCGAAGGUGGACAAGAAAUUCUCGGCUCAUUACGACGCCGUGGAGGCCGAGCUGAAGUCGAGCACGGUGGGCCUGGUGACCUUGAACGACAUGAAGGCCAAGCAGGAGGCCCUGCUCAAGGAGCGGGAGAUGCAGCUGGCCAAGAGGGAGCAGCUGGAGGCGCGGCGGCUGCAGCUGGAGGCACUGCGGGAGAAGGAGCGUAAGCAGGAGCAGAAGCGCAAGAUCUGCAGCCUGUCCUUCACGCUCGACGAGGGCGACGAGGGCAACGUGGAUGAGGAGGUGGCGGCUAGGGAGCAGCCCACGCCGGCGGGGCUGAGCAAGAAGACGAACCUGGGGAAGAAUCCAGAUGUGGACACGAGCUUCCUGCCUGACCGCGACCGCGAAGAGGAGGAGAACCGGCUGCGGGAGCAGCUGCGGCAGGAGUGGGAGGCCAGGCGCGAGAAGGUGAAGCGCGAGGAGAUGGAGGUCACGUUCAGCUACUGGGACGGCUCCGGGCACCGGCGCACCGUGCGCAUCCACAAGGGUGGCACCGUGCAGCAGUUCCUGAAGAGGGCCCUGCAGGGGCUGCGAAAGGACUUCCGUGAGCUGCGGUCGGCGGGCGUGGAGCAGCUCAUGUACAUCAAGGAGGACCUGAUCCUGCCCCACUACCACACCUUCUACGACUUCAUCGUCACCAAGGCCCGGGGCAAGAGUGGGCCGCUCUUCAACUUCGACGUGCACGAUGACGUGCGGCUGCUGAGCGACGCCACCAUGGAAAAGGAUGAGUCACACGCGGGCAAGGUGGUGCUGCGGAGCUGGUACGAGAAGAACAAGCACAUCUUCCCCGCGAGCCGCUGGGAACCCUACGACCCUGAAAAGAAGUGGGACAAGUACACGAUCCGAUGA